AUGGAUCCAAGUCAUAUCCAGUACAUCGGCUCCGGUCCCUAUUGUUACGCAAACUCGCUGGCCAUGAUGCUCGGCAAAGCCGCACCGUCGCCAGCCGUCAUCGAGUUCGCCACAUCCAGUUCGUUCGGAAUGCAGCUGAUCGGCGGAGAGCUCCCAUUCUUUGAUCCCUAUGGGUGGGAUCCAACCAAGGGCAUCGACGCCGCCCUUGAAGCGGCCGGCUGGACAUCCACCCUCGUUGUUGGCAGAGACGCCGACGAUGCCCUCUCCCAUCUCCGGCAGGCCCUCGAAAACGGGCCCGUAUUCGUCGGUCCCGUGGACAUGGGUCACCUCCGAUGCCACCCGGAUCACCGCAGCUUGGACGGAGCGGACCACUACCUUGUCGUUCUUCGCAUCUUCGGCGACUGGGUAGAGCUGCACGAUCCCCACGGUUAUCCGUACGCGACUCUUCCCCUGCGAAAUUUCAUGGACGCAUGGAGAGCGGCGGGCAUCGCGUACGGAGAGCCGUACAUGAUGCGCACCGGUUUCCGCCAAGUGGAAGAGUAUUCGGAGGAGGAUGUCAUCCAGAGAUCCCUAGACAGCGCCCGCCGCUGGCUCGCAAUGCACGGCGAGCACGAGCAUGGCCUGCCGCCCGGCUCAGUGGCAAACAGAAUGGCAGCUGAAACACUAGCCCUGCGGAUCCUGAAUUCGAACCUCGAUCCAGGUCUGCGCGAUCAUCUUGUCCACUUCGCCGUUCGCGUUGGCGCCCGCCGCCUCGCCGAUGCCUCUACCUGCCUGACUCGGAUCGGAUACCACGAGGUUGCCUCCAUCAUGGCGAGGCAAGCGCGCUUGGUAGGGUCUCUGCAGUGCUCUCUCGUGGAGGGAGAUAUUCCCACGGCGGUGGAGGCGCUUCGUACAUUGGCCGGAACGUAUGAGCAGCUGAGCGUGGCACUCGAGGAGGAAUAA